CGGUGACUCGCGACAGGCGGCUCCCUGCCGAGCUUGCACCUAGCUGGCGCCAGCUACGAUUUGGCGCGUCAUCAUGGUCCGACUGCCGGUGAUGCUGCUGUCAGCGCUAGCUGCCCUUCACAUUCCCGGAACGAGAGCUGGCUUUCCAAACGUCGUGCCAACGGCUGGAGACCCGUGGCCGAGACCCUCCCGCCUGGAGUGGUCUCCGACCUUCUUCAGGGUGGACGUCAACCACGUCCACAUCAACAUCACUGGCGAGUCGUGCCCCGACCUGGAGGAGGCCACCGCACGCUACGAAAAAAUUAUAGAUGAAUUCAUCAUCAUCUGGAGGGCGGUGCUGAAGUCUUAUAAGCAGCCUGCAGGGAACGGCGGACGACUGUCUGACGGCCCUCCAGUUCUGGACACGAUCGAGAUGGAACUCCGAUCAGGCUGCAAUUCUAGCCAGUAUCCGGAGUUUGGUAUGGACGAGUCGUAUGAGCUAAAGGUCAACACACCGGACGCGCCAGAGAGAGCCGUUAUAAUCGCUGACACUAUCUGGGGUGCUUAUCGCGGGCUUGAGACCAUGUCUCAGCUCUUCUACCUUGAUUCCGAGGUAUUUGCCGUAUUUGUUCGGAAUGCGUACAUCCAAGAUUACCCACGCUACAAGCACAGAGGCCUGCUUUUGGACACCGGCAGGCAUUUUCUCAGCGUUGAUAUCAUCAAGCAAAACCUAGAUUUGAUGGCCUUCCACAAAUAUAACGUAUUCCAUUGGCACGUUGUUGACGACCCAUCUUUCCCAUUCUACAGUACGAAGAUCCCUUUCAUUAGCCUCUUUGGUGCUUACCGAGCGGAUAAAUUCUACAACCCAGAUGAUGUUGCCGACAUCAUCGAAUACGCUCGCAAGCGAGGCAUCCGAGUCAUACCUGAAUUUGACACGCCGGGCCACGUGAGGUCAUGGGGAGCGGGCAUACCGGGACUGCUGACCGAAUGUUACACCAACGGCACAAGAAACGGCAAGUACGGCUCCAUCAACCCAACCGACGAUGUGGUAUACGCCCUCCUGGCCGAGCUCUUCGAUGAAAUCACUAAGCGUUUUCCCGACAAGUACCUUCAUCUUGGCGGCGACGAGGUCAAUUUCGGCUACGAAUGCUGGAUGUCCAACCCCGAGGUGCGCAAGUGGAUGCAGAAGCUGAAUCUCACCACGCCUCAGGAGAUAGAGGACGUCUACAUCCGCCGGCUCUUAGAACUGGUCGAAGGGCUGCCGUCCCGCCCAGAGUACAUAGUCUGGCAGGACGUUGUCGAUCACAACGUGACGCUACAGCCAAACACCAUCGUCGAGGUCUGGAAGGAGCCCUGGCUGGAGGAGCUGGACACGGUAACCCUCUCCGGCCACCGUGCCAUUCUCUCCACCUGCUGGUACCUGAACCGCAUCAGCUACGGUAUCGACUGGCCCAAGUACUACAGCUGCGAACCGGAAAGUUUCAACGGCACGGAUGCGCAGAACCAGCUGGUGAUCGGCGGCGAAGCCUGCAUGUGGGGCGAGUAUGUCGACAACUCGAACGUCAUCUCGAGAACGUGGCCCCGUGCAGCCGCCCCAGCCGAGCGUCUCUGGUCUCCCAAAAACGUCACGUCCGUGUCGGAGGCGAAGGCACGGCUCGAGGAGCAAAGGUGCCGCCUCGUGUACCGAGGGUUUGGGGUAGAGCCAUCCAACGGCCCGGGAUUCUGUUAGCUGGUUACGAUUGGAAAAUCGGGGCAGAAAAAUCAGCAUCGAGGGCGAGCAUGCUGAAUGCGUGCAUACUGAAUGGCGGAGUCUAUUGCUUGUUAUUGUUUAUGUUUUGAUAUUAAUUAUGUUUACUAUUGCACAGCAAGCUAGCGUGUGGGAUGACGCUAGACACCUCGAGUCAUGUUGACUGCAAUAAAGGAUUCAUAACUACACAUA